AUGGCCGUAGCAGGCAACGCAGGACGGGCAAGGGAAGAGAAACCGGCAGCACCUUCUUCCCCAGAAGGUCCGACGUCAGCAGAGAAGGAAAACGAAGAAGACGAGUUCGAGGUCUCAGCAAGAGCAGCAGCAGCAGCAGCGCUGGAGCUUGAUGAACUGGUCGGGGGAGAUGCCGACAUUGCCUACGAGCAAGAGCUUAGGAGGGAUCCUUAUCAGGUCAAGGUUUGGCUUGCCUAUCUCAAGAGCAGGGCCAAGGCUAAGCCGGCCAUUCGGUUUGUAAUAUACGAACGAGCUGUUCGUUCCCUGCCGGGUAGCUAUAAGCUGUGGCGGUUGUACCUCUUGGAGCGUGUAGCUUUGUGCGAGCGUACGGCAGGGCCCCCUUCCGGUCCAGAAGCGGCGCCGUUGUACUCUGCGACGAAUUCAGCCUUUGAGAGGUGCCUUGUGCACCUGUCUCGCAUGCCCGAAAUAUGGCGGAUGAAUCUGAAAUUCCUACAACAGCAGCAGCUCCUUACGCGUGUCCGUAGAACGUUCGACGCAGCACUCAGAGCUCUUGCUGUUACUCAACAUGAACUGCUUUGGCCUGAGAUGAUGGACUAUGUCAAGAGCUGUGGCGUCCCUGAGACAGCUGUAUGCCUCUACCGCCGGUGGAUAAUGAUAGAGCCAGAGAGGACAGAUGAAUUCGCGCUGUACUUGAGCAGUAUUGGGCGUUAUGACGAGGCGGCAAGCUACUUAGCUGCCGUGGCAAGCGACUCAACGAUCACCACUGCAUCGGGACGAACCCGCCACGAACUGUGGUUGGAGCUGUGCAAGCUGGUGGCAGCUCACCCGGAGUCCAUACACUCAAUGAGGGUUGAAGACAUACUAAGGAGCGGCAUAGCGCGAUUUUCGGAUGCUGUUGCGUCUUUGUGGUGUUCGCUUGCUUCUCACUAUGUGAGAAUGGGGUUGCUAGCGAAGGCUAGAGACAUAUACGAAGAAGCUGUCAGCUCAGUUUCCACCAUUCGCGACUUGGCCGUUGUGUACGAAGCAUACGCAGCGUUUGAGGAGGCAGUUGUCGCACAGCUUCUGCAGGAGCAGCAGCAAGCUUCCCCAGAGGCGGCGGCGGCAGCGGCAAAGGAUAUUGACUUCGCAAUUGCCCGCCUUGAACGACUGACGGAAAGGCGCCCUCUCUUGAUUUCAUCUUGCAAGCUGCGCCAGAACCCCCACAACGUCCAUGAAUGGCUAGCUAGGGCAGAGCUGGUACAAGACGAUAACAAGAAAGUGGUGGAAACAUUUACGGAAGCCGUGGCAACAGUGAAAGCGGACCAGGCUGUGGGUCGUUUAGGUGUACUAUGGAUCGCCUUUGCGCGCUUCUAUGAGGCCCACGGUGACCUCGAGAACGCGGCAAAAGUGUUCGAGCGGGCUGUGCAGGCAACUUACCGCACUAUUGACGACUUAGCGUCUGUUUGGUGUGAAGCUGUAGAGAUGCACUUGAGGCAUGGCCUGUUUAAAGAGGCCUUGAGGCUAGUCCGGCUAGCCAUCAGCAGUUCCAGAAAGGGACAGGAUACGAAAGGCGCUCAAGGCCGCCUCUUCAGAUCGGUCAAGCUCUGGUCUCUUGCAGCGGAUGUAGAGGAAAUGUUUGGAUCUAUCGAGACAGUGCGGGCUUGCUACGAUAAGAUGUUUCAGCUGAAAGUAAUAACACCGCAGCUUGUUAUAAACUAUGCUCAUUACCUUGAGGAGCGGCGCUACUAUGAAGAGUCUUUUCGCGUUUAUGAGCGGGGUGUGGCCGCUUUUCACUGGCCACAUGUUAAUGCGAUAUGGUUAAUGUAUUUGACGAAGUUCGUAUCGCGAUAUCGUAGUACCAAGCUGGAACGAGCCAGAGAGCUGUUCCAACAGGCUACAGCAGAGGUGCCACCCAAGUACGCAAAGAAUCUGUUUCUGCUUUAUGCGAAACUGGAGGAAACUUAUGGGCUUGCAAAACACGCUUUGGCGAUCUACAGCGCAGCUACCAAGGCGGUUUUACCUGAAGACAAGUUGGACAUGUUCUGCGUUUACAUUGCACGGACGAGUGAGCUAUUUGGAGUAGCACGGACACGAAAGAUUUUCGAGGAGGCCAUAGAGACGCUCCCGUCAAACGACGUGAGGAAUGUUUGCAUGCGCUAUGCGGCAGUGGAGAAGUCGCUAGGCGAGAUCGACAGGGCCCGUGCCAUCUUUCAACACGCGGCCCACCUUUGCGACCCUAGCAGAGACCAGGAAUUCUGGGACGCUUGGCGUGAAUUGGAAGUUGCCUAUGGCAAUGAAGACACGUUCAAAGACAUGCUUCGGAUCAAGCGAAGCGUCAUUGCACAGUACAGCCAAGUACACCACAAUGUCGCCGAGCUUACUGCCUCAGAGGUGCCGAAGCCGUUACCUGCGGACCCUGUCAAGGAAGCUGCUGCUCAACUGGCGAAGGAAGAUGAAGAGAGGCAGCAGGUACUACGGAGGGAGGAGGCACUGCAGGAACAGCUGCGUUUCCAGCAGAAACAGCAAGCGGAAAUGCAGGAACUAGAACAAGCUGAGGCCGAGUUCCAGGAAUUGCAGAGGAGCCGGAGGCAGGCCGCCACCUUGGCAUCACUUCAGGCCGAUGCUCCAUUGUUCGUCAGCGCGAGUACCUUUGAGGGAGCACAUCUGGGCUACGCAUUUAAGCAUGGCCCACAGGGCUUGGGGUAUUAUUUGGAUGAAGGGCAGGUGGGCAAGGGUUUCAUAGAAGCCCGAGAGAAGUCACUCCUGGGAAGAAGCCGGCCAGGAGGUAGCGGCAGCAGUGAGAAUGCACCAUCUGGGUCGCGACGCCAAGAUGAGGAAAUGGAAAUUGAUAUUAAUGAUUAG